GGGAAAAGAGAGAACACUUCCACUUUUCUGUGGAGCUACUCAGGUUGCCGAAACUGUCGUCUCAAGCGUCGACUUCCUCUUCUGCAGAGAUCGAAUGCGUCAUCGUUUCCGCCAUUCUCACCCCCUCUUCUUACUCCUCCCCACAUCCUCCUUUUGAUCUUCCAUCACUCGCUGUUUCGACGGUUCUUCUAAUCCUUUCCACCUUCUCUGAAUCUGCACGCUCCAGAUCACCUUCCUUUUCAAGCUCCUUCUCCUGUGAACCCCUUUUCUACUUGCUCUUCUUAUCCGCAUAUACCAGGUUUUGGAUUCAACUCUCCAUGGCUGCAUCCUCUCUUGUUUCUCCACUCUGCUCUGGACUUUUGUCCGCUUGCAUGUCUGUCAACUGCGGAAGAAAUCAUUCCUUUGAUUCCUCCAUGUUUUCUUCUUCUAAGAUUAUCGAAACAUGUGCUGGAAGACGGAAGUUUAAAUCUAAAUGCAGCAGUAGAAGCUCUCAAAGUCACGGGACAGAAAUUUUGUCGUCCUGUGGAUCCAAGAUGAUGCAGGGACUUACGAGCUCCUGCAUUCUGUUCAAGCCACAAAGUAGAAAUUGGAAUUGCCUGCCAAAACGCAGGGCUGCUCAUUCGGGCGAGGCCAUGUCCAUAGCUGCACAACCUGCUGAAGAAAUAACAGUAAAAAAGAAACAUGGUACCAGGCAAAGGCGAAUAGUUGUCACUGGAAUGGGUGUGGUGACUCCACUGGGUCACGAUGCAGAUCUCUUCUAUAGUAGUUUGCUCGAGGGUAUCAGUGGCAUAACAGAGAUCGAGUCAUUUGAUUGUGACCAAUUUCCCACGAGAAUUGCUGGAGAGAUAAAGAGCUUCUCAACUGAUGGAUGGGUUGCUCCAAAACUUUCUAAGAAGAUGGAUAAGUUCAUGCUUUACUUGCUUACUGCCGGCAAGAAAGCCCUUGCGGAUGGAGGAAUUACAGAAGAUGUAAUGGAUGAGUUAAAUAAAGCUAAAUGUGGAGUGUUGAUCGGUUCAGCAAUGGGUGGCAUGAAGGUUUUUUAUGAUGCAAUAGAGGCUUUACGGAUUUCAUACAGGAAGAUGAAUCCUUUCUGUGUACCCUUUGCAACAACGAAUAUGGGUUCUGCCAUGCUUGCAGCGGACUUGGGGUGGAUGGGUCCAAACUAUUCCAUUUCCACAGCCUGUGCUACAAGCAAUUUUUGCAUAUUGAAUGCAGCAGAUCAUAUAAGUAGAGGCGAUGCUGAUGUAAUGCUUUGUGGUGGUUCAGAUGCAGCAGUUAUACCCAUAGGCUUGGGAGGCUUUGUUGCUUGUAGAGCACUUUCACAGAGAAACAGUGACCCUACUAAAGCUUCACGCCCUUGGGACAUUGUAAAGUUACCAACAAUCUCUUUACCAUUGAUUUUUCUGUUUCUUAUUGAUGCUCUUGAAAAUAGUAGAGAUGGAUUUGUGAUGGGCGAAGGUGCUGGAGUAUUGCUUUUAGAAGAGCUAGAGCAUGCGAAGAAAAGAGGCGCAGAAAUAUAUGCAGAAUUUCUUGGUGGAAGUUUGACUUGCGAUGCUUACCACAUGACAGAACCACGUCCUGAUGGGGCUGGUGUCAUUCUUUGCAUAGAAAAGGCGUUGGCUCAGUCAGGAGUAUCAAGGGAAGACGUUAAUUAUAUAAAUGCACAUGCCACAUCAACACCUGCUGGAGACCUCAAAGAGUAUCAAGCUCUUCUUCAUUGUUUUGGCAAUAACCCUGAGCUUAAGGUGAACUCCACAAAAUCUAUGAUCGGCCACCUACUUGGAGCUGCAGGUGCAGUGGAAGCUGUUGCAGUGAUACAGGCUAUUCGGACAGGAUGGGUACAUCCAAAUAUCAAUCUUGAAAACCCAGAUGAAGGCGUGGACAUGAAUGUGCUAGUGGGUCCGAAGAAAGAGAGAUUCGACAUCAAGGCAGCGUUGUCUAAUUCAUUCGGAUUUGGGGGACAUAAUUCAUCGAUCAUAUUUGCUCCAUACAAGUAAGAAAACAGUUAGAAAUCAGGUUGGGAAGCAUAAGCAGUAGAAUGCAAUGCAAGUUUUGGUAAGUUUUAUCAAUAAUGGGUUGGAAUAAGCAUAGAUGGCAUUUUCUCUAUUAUAUCAUUUGUUCCCCUGGAUGUUGAUUACAUUCUGCUACUUCCAACUCCAAUUCUUGUUUGUUUGAGAUGUUUUUAUUUCAAUAAAAUUGAGAACUCAUAUUUCUGUUGACAUUUUGAUGGGGAAAUA